ACUGCCUGAACCUAUUCUUCUACAAGGACGGACGCGAACGAUGUCGCAACAGUACGGAGAAGUCGUCGCUCGCGCUCGAACACUUCAUGGGCAUCGAGUCCGGGUUCCCACUCGACCGCGAGCCGCACGUGCUCGCCGUUAUCUGCCGCCAGGUGACGCUGCUGCUCGGCUUCGAGGCGCGCGACGCGAUGGUGUCGUGGGAGACGAAGAUACGCGACAACAUGGCCGAAGACCGACAGUUCCUCGUUCAGGUCGUCACCGUGCCGACCAAGAGUCGUCUGCCGACCGGUCCGGCGCGUCUGCACCUACAGAACCGCUCGUUCUGCGUGUCGUGCGGCAUCCCGCCGCGCGUCCUGCACUCGUGGCAGCUGCACCACCUACGUCGCUUCGGAGUCAUCAACGGACGAUUCCUGCUUCGAGGGCGGCACACGCUGCGGCAAAGCUGGCAUGGGUGUGUAUGUGCUGCUCGGCUCUCAGGCUGAGGAUAUGGUCGCUGCCUUCAAGCUGGCAGCUGAGGGCAAACUGACCUCGAACAGACACCGACUCUACCUGCGCAACUUUUCAUGCAACGACGCCAGCUUCCGCUCACGACAGUCGAGCACCAGCAGCAGCCACGCGUCGUCCGACCGACCACAGCUCUUCGCCUCCGCUAACUUUGGCGAAGCGAGCUCGUUUUCCGAGCUCCUACCGCCCCCGCCGGGCCCCACGAGCGAGGACGGAUCGCCGGCUCGCACCGCGUCGCCGCACGGUGGCUCCCCCUCGGGGAGCACACUGACUAUCAAGCCGCCUAUCCCAG